CAAGCUGUGUAAUUUUUUUUAUUUAAUUUUUUCCAGCGAAACUAAAUGCGUUUUACGAAAAUUUAUAUUUUACGAUUUUACAUUGGACCGAGCUAAUCCUUAAUGGUGAGGCCGCUUUGUUUCCAAAACUCGACUCGGUCUCCACCGCUAAUUCCGAUGGAGGCCCCCAGCGGCGCUUCCCCGAAGCUUCUGGAAGUGUCGGAGACGGAAGUCGUAAUCGACUUCCGGCCGAACGCCAAGUGCCGGAGGGAGUUCCACCUCCGCUCCCUCCACCCGACGCUUCCGGUCCACUUCAAGGUCCAAACCUCGUCCCCCGACACGUUCCACGUCACACCCCCGUGCGGGUCCCUCCCGCCUCUCUCCUCCGCCCCCCUCCACCUCACCCUCCGCCCCCAUCCCCUCCCCCCUCCCCUGCGCCCCCGCUUCCUCAUCCUCUCCUCCCUCUCCCCCUCCCCCUCCCCCUCCGUGCUCUCCUCCGCCGUGCACCUCCGCGUCGUCGUCGUCUGCGGCGGCGACCGCCGCCGCCGCCUCCACGCCGCCGCCGCCGCCGGAGACGACGAGGAGCUGAGGGCGCUGGUGGAGGGCGGCGGAGAAGUGGACGGGAGGGAUGGGGAGGGGAGGACGGCGCUGCACGUGGCGGCGGGGAGGGGGCACGUGAGGUGCGCGAGGGUGCUGGUCGGGGGAGGGGCGGCGCCGGACGCGAGGGACGGGCGCGGGAGGACGCCGCUGUGGGCGGCGGCGGCGAGCGGGAAGGCCGAGGUGGUGGCGGCGCUGCUCGAGAUGGGCGCCGACGCGGCCGUCGCCGACGCGCGGGGCCGAGCGCCGGCGCACGUCGCCAGGGAUAAGGGGCACCAAGCUGUAGUCGACGUACUGGAGUGUGGGGAGAUGGUCAUGACGGCGGCGAGGCGUGGAGACGUCUGCCGCCUCCGGUCGUUGCUGAACAAACGCGCCACGAUCCACAGCCGCGAUCAGUACGGUACGACGGCUCUCCACUCUGCAGCAAUCAAGGGGCACUGCGAGGCAAUGGCGCUGCUCGUCGAGUCCGGUGCCGACGUGGAGAGCGCCGACGUCGAGGGGCACACCCCGCUCCACCUUGCUGUCGAGAGCGGCUGCGCAGCGGCGGCGGAGAUGUUGGUUGAUCUCGGGGCCAAUGUGAAUGCGAAGACCAAGCGGGGCGCGACACCGCUCUGCAUGGCGGCGGCGAUAGGGCACGACGGGAUCGCGCGGCUGCUACUCAGCAGGGGUGCAACUACUGCCACUGCUGCCACCGCUGCCACCGCCACAUCGUUGUGUGCCGCCUCAUCGUCCUCUUCUUCUUCUGUCUCAUGCGACUGAAUGAUUAAUACUUCGCGUUGUAUUAUUUUCUAUCCAUGCGUCAGUUAAACUGUGUUUGUAAAGUAACUGCGAUUAUAGUUGUUAUGUGUGAUGUGUGUUCUUCUUUUAAUUGGAAAACUUCGAAAGCUCUCAUGUGCCGCGACUAAAUAUAUAUCACUCUGUCCUUGUACAGUUAA